UGCAGGAGUCUGAACCCACGUGGAGCUGGCGGCCGUUGAUUGAGCCGGAGGGAGGGGCUGAGCCGUACACCGGGAGACUGGGCCCGACCGGAGACAGGCUCCUCCUACUGCGGGGCCCGGUGAGUCCUUUUUAAACAACGUCAGACAACAGCACCACUACCUCCCCUUGAAGAUGUUUCCUCAGAACAGGCCCCCAGCACAUCUCCAGGCAUCUGUGGCAGCAGGGGGGGCGUCUGGCCCUCCCCAGAGCCUAAAACUAACCUAUCCUGAGACUUUGGACCGAAUUAAGGAAGAAUUCCAGUUUCUGCAGAGUCAGUACCACAGUUUAAAGAUGGAGUGUGAGAAGCUUGCUACAGAGAAAACUGAGAUCCAGCGGCACUAUGUCAUGUAUUAUGAAAUGUCUUAUGGGCUGAAUAUUGAAAUGCAUAAACAGACAGAAAUCGCCAAGCGUCUGAAUGUUAUCUGUGCCCAACUUGUGCCCUUUUUAUCUCAAGAGCAUCAGCAGCAGGUGGUACAGGCUGUUGAAAGAGCCAAACAGGUGACCAUGGCAGAGCUGAAUGCUGCCAUCGGGGUACGUUUCAUCCCCCCUCAACUGACCGUGCACCAGCUGCAGGCUCAGCAUCUCUCCCACCAUGCACCCCCCAUUCCCUUGACUCCUCAUCCAUCCAGCCUGCAGCCCCCCAGCCUAGCUGCUGCCACUAGUGCCUCCAGCCUACUUGCCCUGUCUGGUGUCCUUGGUUUGCAAAGUCAGCUAGCUGCUAAAGAGGAUGCAGAGCACAGAGAGAGAGACCCAGGGCCUAGCUGUGUGACUCUCCCAAAUGGGGAUCGUGUAAGGUCGUUAUCUGAUUAUUUAAACAGUAACAAGAAACGUAAAACAGAAGAGAAGGAUUUUGGCACAGAUUACGGCAGCGAUGCUGACCGGAGUGAGGAUAACCUGGUGGUGGAUGAGGACCCUGCAUCCCCUCAUAGUGUCCACUCCUACUCCUCACGGGAGAAUGGUGUAGAUAAAUCAGCUCUACAAAGGAAAGAGCCGCCUCCUGCUAGCCCAAAUUCUAUGACCUCAUCCAGCAGUGUGUCUCCCUCAAGGAACAAAGAUCUGCCUGCGCAAGCGGAAAAAGCAGGUACUCCUGGCUUGAAGCCCAGCACACCAAACUCUCAGACUGAUAUGAGCACACCAGGGCCCAGUGGGACCAAUGCCUCUCAGUUUCGACCUCUCUCAGGCAAAUCUGCCAUUGACCCUCUUGCACUGGGGCUUCGUGCUCCUCUUGGUGGGCAAACGGGCUAUCCUGCAGCUUUCGGCAUUACUCACCCUUCUGUGAAUGCCGACGGAGCUGGAGCCUAUGCCGGCCUUCACCUUAUGUCUCCACAGAUCAAUGGGGCUACGGCUGCUGGGGCCUAUGGACGGGCAUCUCUUGUUGGUUAUGACCCUCAUGCCCACAUGCGAGGCUUGGGAGCUGCCAUGCCAGGAGCUUCAUCAGGAAAACCGGCAUACUCUUUCCAUGUAAGCGCCGAUGGACAGAUGCAACCCGUACCCUUCCCUCCUGAUGCCCUUAUUGGCUCGGGUAUUCCUCGUCAUGCCAGGCAACUCCACACACUGAAUCAUGGAGAAGUGGUUUGUGCAGUUACAAUUAGCAACUCCACACGUCACGUCUAUACCGGAGGCAAAGGAUGCGUCAAGGUGUGGGAUGUAGGCCAGCCUGGCACGAAAACACCAGUGGCACAGCUGGACUGUUUGAACAGAGAUAAUUACAUCCGCUCCUGUAAGCUCCUUCCGGAUGGCCGCAGUCUGAUUGUUGGAGGAGAGGCGAGCACGCUCUCGAUAUGGGACUUGGCAUCCCCGACCCCCAGGAUAAAAGCAGAGCUCACUUCCUCAGCACCAGCAUGUUAUGCCCUUGCAAUCAGCCCUGAUGCUAAGGUCUGUUUCUCAUGCUGUUCUGAUGGAAAUAUCGUGGUUUGGGACCUUCAGAACCAGACACUUGUCAGGCAAUUUCAGGGCCACACAGAUGGUGCCAGCUGCAUAGACAUUUCUCAUGAUGGCACCAAACUCUGGACUGGAGGACUGGAUAACACUGUGCGCUGCUGGGACUUGAGGGAAGGCAGACAGCUACAACAACAUGAUUUCAACUCUCAGAUCUUCUCUUUAGGGUACUGCCCCACUGGAGAGUGGCUGGCUGUUGGAAUGGAGAGCAGUAAUGUCGAGGUCCUUCACGUCUCCAAACCAGACAAGUACCAGCUACAUCUGCAUGAGAGCUGCGUCCUUUCCUUGCAGUUUGCUUCCUGUGGUAAAUGGUUUGUGAGCACUGGUAAAGACAAUUUGCUGAAUGCCUGGAGGACACCGUAUGGGGCAAGCAUAUUCCAGUCAAAGGAGUCCUCAUCUGUCCUGAGCUGUGACGUUUCCACUGAUGACCAAUUCAUUGUCACAGGCUCUGGAGACAAGAAAGCUACGGUCUAUGAGGUCAUCUACUGAAGGCCCCUAUCUAACCAAUCAUGGGGUCCCAUCUCACUGCACGGACCCUUGCAGGGUUGUCCCUCUGUCCCUUGGGUUAGUUUUUGUUUUUAGGUGUAUAUUUUAUCUGUAUUGGGCCACGUGUAUUUAAUAAUAAAACUUGAAAAUUA